AUGGACAGAGUCCAGCAACAAGCAGAUUUGAUCGGAAAGAAGAUUUCCCCGUUUGUAGCACAGCCGACAAAUGUCGGAGGAUUCACUGAUCAGAAAACCACUGCCGAUUCCCAGACGACACAGCCUCCAGCUACGUCACCUCCUGCUCCUCCACCCCCAGAGGGUGGCGGUGGCGGCUCACAAUCAUCUCCCCCGCCCGUAACGGCUGCUCCCCCACCACCGAAUCAACCUCCUAAUACAACUCCACCUCCAACGCCUCCUUCUAAUUCCCCUCCACCUUCUAUAACUCCACCUCCUUCACCUGCUCAGCCUCAACCCCCGCCUCAAUCAACCCCAAGCGGAGAUUCUCCAGUGGUAGUUCCUUUGCCAAGGCCUCAGUCUCCUCCUAUUUCUUUUCUUCCUCCUCCUACCGUAGUUACUCAGCAACCGGAGACAAGACCUAACAAUGGUGAACCACAAAACCCCAUUAACAACCCUAUUUCUCCUCCGUCUCUCCCUUUUACUCCCUUUUCGCCGCCUGUUGGGGAAGUUUCCGGUAGCCAAGGGUCUCCUCCAUUUACAUCUUUAUUGCCUCCGGUGAUUCCCCUAAACCCUAAUAUUCCACAGCCGUUGGAUUCACUUUUGGCAGGAGGAUUAAAUCGUGUACCCUCGUCCCCUCCUUCCCUCUCCGGCUCCAAUAACAAUUCUGAAGGCUCUAAUAGCAAUAAUGCGAAUAGUAACGGAAAUGGACAACAACAUAAUUACACCGAGAAGACAAUGAUCGGUAUUGGGAUCGCAGGUGUGUUAGUCAUUUUAUUCGUUGCUGCCGUUUUCUUUGUUAGGAGGAAACAAAAGAAAGGUUCUUCUUCUCCCCGCUCUAACCAGUAUUUGCCACCUGCUAAUGUCUCUGUAAAUACAGGUAAGAAAAUUUUUACUUUUCGUUCUUUGCCUCGGUCUAGCUCUUGA